GCAGCACCGACGGCUGGCAGCGCUCUGCGGAGGGCCGGGCGCUGCGCUCCCGGGCGGAGCCGAGUCCGCGGGGCUCCGGGGCGGGGCGGGGCCGUCGAUCGGUCCGCGCCGCUGGUUCAGGUGCUGCGGAGGCUCCACGUAGUCAGGCGGCCGGCCGGCUGGGGCGCACCGACCUCGGCCCGUUGCUGUCGUAAGCCCAAGUCGGGCCCCUGCGUCCCAGGUCUCCCACGGAGCCAUGGCGGGCCCGGGCCCGGGGGAUCAGGACGAGCACUACGAUUUCCUGUUCAAGCUGGUGUUGGUGGGCGACGCGAGCGUGGGCAAGACGUGCGUGGUGCAGCGCUUCAAGACCGGCGUCUUCUCCGCGCGUCAGGGCAGCACCAUCGGCGUCGACUUCACCAUGAAGACGCUGGAGAUCCAGGGCAAGCGGGUCAAGCUACAGAUUUGGGACACAGCUGGCCAGGAGAGGUUCCGAACCAUCACACAGAGCUACUACCGCAGUGCCAAUGGGGCCAUCCUGGCCUAUGACAUCACCAAGAGGAGCACCUUCUUGUCAGUGCCUCACUGGAUUGAGGAUGUGAGGAAGUAUGCGGGCUCCAACAUUGUGCAGCUGCUGAUUGGGAACAAGUCAGACCUUGCCGAUUUCCGGGAGGUCCCUCUGACUGAGGCGCAGAGCCUGGCCGAGCACUAUGACAUCCUGUGUGCCAUCGAGACCUCUGCCAAGGACUCCAGCAAUGUGGAGGAGGCCUUCACCAGAGUGGCCACUGAACUCAUCAUGAGGCAUGGAGGCCCCCUGUUCAGUGAGAAGAGCACCGACCGCAUCCAGCUGGACAGCAAGGACGUUACGGAGAGCUGGGGCUGUGGGUGCUGACUGGGGAGGCAGGGCAGGCAUGCCAAGACCUCCCCACCUCCUUUGUCUGCAGCCUGUGAAGCCCCACCAUUCAGAGCCAGCCCUCCAGGGCACUGGCUUCUCUAGAGGGAUUCUGCACCCCUGGCCUGGAUGCUGGGUAGAAAGGGAGAAGCAGGGUGUCCUGAGCAGAAGGCCAUUGGCUAGGGCAGGUUGUGGAUCAUCCUUGCCAGCCAGCAUCCACUCCCUCCAUGUUCUUCACAUUCCAGGACUAGCCUGAGCCUUCCAGCAUAGACUACAGUGGGGAAUGGGCUGGCCCUGCUGCCCAGCCCCCGUGUGCUGGUCUUACCGUCUCCUGCCGACUGCUGCUCUCCAGGGAUGUGGCUGGUACCCCAGGUUCCUCCAGGUCAUUCUCUGGCCUCUAACCAGAGUGUAAAAAGCACAUCAAUUAGGCCAGCGGACUGGUGCCGAGCCUUGUCCCAGGGAAGCCGGAGCUCACCAGGAGGAAGCAGCGUCUUCCCCUCACUGCCAGCUUGGAGCUCUUCUACGGCUCCCUGGACCUGGCUCGCUCGCUGCCUUACCAAGACCUCUUGGGUUUUUCUGCUUUUUCAUGUAGCAUCUCAUUUUCACUGACACAAGUAUAGGGUCACGGCCAGGGGUCCGCUGGGGGCUGUGCUGGCUUGCGGCCCAACAUUUUGCCAUUCAGGUUGCCGAAGCAGCUAAUCUUUCAGUGUGGUGGAGGACUGAGAUGGGAAAGGGGACGGUUAAGGAGAAGGAUGCAGCUUGUGUGUGUGUGGGGCAGGAGAGUGGGGUGGAGCACACACUGAGCUCACGCCAGGCCCUGGGUUCAGUCCUCAGCACCACAAAUGACAACAAAACAGCAACUUCUGCUGUGUCCCAGAGGUGGAGGCUGAGGGCCCUGUAGAUGCCAGCCUUUCCUCGUGUGGAGGACACUGCCCCCCCCCCCCCAGUUCAGAGCUAGUUCCCCAUGGUCCCGGCCUACCUUACAGUUUCAAAGCAAAUCACACAAGUACUUGGUGGCCUGAGACCUGGCCAUCCUGUACUCACUGGUCCCUUGCCUGCCUUAACUCAGCUUUCUGCUGAGUCGGAAGGAAAAGUGGGUUCAAGGAGGCAGGUCUGUGCUUUGGUGGGCUCAGGGAUCAAAGCAACUAGAUGCAGGGAUUGAGCCAGGGCAUGUUCCUAAGAUAGUUUUGCCCUUUCCAUGCCCUCCUACCACCUCACACACCCACACAGCAAACUGCUUUUAGACCACAAGGAAGACCACAGCAGCCAUGGGGCCUCAGCCAUUGGGUCAGGCUCAGUCCAGUCUAAUCAUGGAUCAGGGUUUGUUCCUGCAUCUUCCUUCCUGCUGGAACCCUACCCUUGCUUCCCAUCUCAAAGAUUCUGGUCUGUCAGCAGGGCUUUGCAACAACUCCGUAGCUUAGGCAGACAGAGCUGUGGUGAACUAAAUAAACAGGGCUAGACCCACUGACCCCCUUAAGGUAGGCAGCAGCCUGUGGAUUAGCUGAGCCUGGUUCUGGUGGGGCGGAAGGUUUCCUGGGUGAACCAGAGCCUGCUCUCAGUGUUGUUCUGGUGUGGAUCACUGUGACUGUUCUGGGCAGGAGCUGCAGGUAGCUCAGCAUCAGGAAGGUGGGAAAGCCCUGCCAUGAGGUCUGCUUGACUGGGUAGAACUGAAUAAGCCCUAUUUGGUCCAGGAAGCCUUCUUCACUGGUAACUUCAUGGCUCACCCAGCAACCAGAAAGAUUAUUUCUUUUUCCAUUCACAGGAAGAUCACCUCACUUCCCUUUCACAAUCCUGAGGUGCUGAGGCCCUGCCUGUGCCCUUGAGCAGGAGCAGCCCUGCUCUCAGAGUUUAGUCCAGACACCAAAGUCUCCUUGAGCCCUGCACUACCCCCUGCCCUGGUAGCCACUCUGUUCUCACUCUCUGGGUUCCAGGUCCGCUGCCAGGUGCAGGAAUGGAAGGCCAGGCCCAGGGCCCUUACCCAGUGUGAAUGACCACAGCCUCCACAGCCUUCCCACCUCUCUACUCUGUGUCUGGGGCCUAUGUGACCCUCCUCUCCCAAAUCUCUCUGCCAACCUGCCUUCUUAUCAACAGCACAGAAUCCCACAAGUGACCCAGAGGACAUCUCUGAGGGGAGAUGGCCCCUUCCCAGCCACAGGCCUUAUCUUUGGUAUCCUAGCAAGGACAAGUUCUUCCCUUGACCCCUGAUUCUGUGGCCUGGGAGGGCACGGAGUCCUGAACUGAAGCUGGCUCCUACAGAGAAGCUGCUACCAUCCCUUCAGACAGUAGUGCCAAGCUCUGGUCCUCUGCUGAGGUGCGCUCCACUGCAGUGCAGGGCCUUUGUCAGAAGGAACGCUGGGCUUGAGGACCAGAAAACAGGCGAGUGUGUAAGUCAGGAAAUAAAACCAGCUGCUUUCUUUUCCCUGGGCAGGCUUGGCUGGCUGCCAGUAGCCCAGGGCCUCUGGGGCAACAGGAGUUUAAUCUCUUCCCUUGUUUAAAAGUUACUAAACAGCAGGAACAGGUGGAGGCUGGAUGCUGGGGAGGGCAAGGAAGUAGCCACAGAAAGGCUGGGCGGGGCCAGGGUGGCCGCGGCAGGAGAGUGAAAAGGGCUAAGGUCUUGCCCACUAAGGUACCAAGAAGGGACUCAUGUCCCUUUGGGUGGAAGUCUGUUCCCAAGGACACAGGCUCCAACUGGGGGGGUGGGGAUCUACAGGGAGCCUCUGGUUCACAUUGAACUGGUUGCCCUGUCCCAGGAUACUGCCAGUGGUGGGCCACUAGCCAAACUUACCCCUGCAGGGCCUGGACAGGCAGAAUUGCCAGCUCAAGGAUUCCAUGUGCAUUGGGAAAAUUUUCACAUUGCCUAUUUAUGAACAUGUAAGUCUUUCUAUCAAAUCUAUUUUUGAAAAAUGAAAAGUUGCCUUUCUGGAUAUGUCACAGAGCCAGUGUACAUACAAUUCAACCAUUAAACAUUUCUGUACUGA